AUGGGGGGGCUUGUUGAUCCCCGAGCCGGUAAACAGUCUACUUUUGGAGAACGGAUGGUCUGUCGGGAUGUAACCGACUUCAUUGCCAAUGCAACCAAAGCCUCACCUUCCGGACGGAGACUCAAAAGGACUGGUACUAGCCACACCAACUGGAACAUGCCGUGCAAAAAGCCAGCUAGCGAGUACCAGGCCAAGAUCGACAGAAUUCUCGCCCAUUCGAGGGAUAUCAAGAUGCCUUUGACAGGAAACUUUUUCGACCUGCCUGUGUCUGACCUCGUACCGGGGCUCGUCAUCAGUGGUGGUCUCAGUCGUUCACCGGCUUUCGAUGCCCUGCCUGUCGUUUCCCACUGGGCUGACAGGACCGACGAGUCUUCGGCAGAGGACCCUGAUGCCGCCAUCCGUAUUACUUCGACGUGGGAGACCACACAUGUCAUUGGAGAAGGGUCCACCAUGAGCUACCCUCUUGGAGCUCCCUGUUGGUUGCUCCGUACUCACGGCAUAGGUCCGAUGAAGACUGGGUCCAGCAAAUUUGCUCAACAAUAUCGCCCUGAAUCAGACACGCUGGUGACGACGGUCCAUCUGGCCCGCCGUCGCGACACCUAUCAAACUGGCGGAGUUAUUGGCGCAGCCUCCGGCAUCUCCUGGAUGCGUAAUGCACGUGUUGCAGACGCUGUUGAUUGUGCAACUGGGCUGCUGCUAGAUGCCGCUGCUCUCUUAGCAGCACGCGAUGGGGUGAUUAAAACUGGAGUGACAGAGCGUUUACCGUUCGCUGAAGUCCGUCGAGCUUACCUACCGGCGUGGUGCUCCGCUCGAAAGCCUCUCCCCCCCAAGCUAAGCGGCGUGGCACUCUCAUCGGACCAGACAGUUAUGGAUCUUCUCGAAGAAGAGGACUGUAAAGGGCCUCUGCUUAACACCAGCAUCUUCUCCAUGGCACUAGGCUACAACCGAGGUGUCUACGGUGGUUCGAUCUCUGGCUUGUGGGCUAUCAUGGAUUCUGCUUUCGUCCUGGAUUACACCAUUGGUAUCAAAAGUGCUGCGAUGGCAGACAGUCUCUCUUCUGCAUUUGCAGAGGUAGCUGCUAUUGCUGAAGAGGCCGUUUCCGCCGGCCCACACAUUACCGACAUACGAGUUGUAAAGGGCUGCGAUUAUGCAUGCUUGCGCCAGAAAACGAUUAUCGAGGAUACCAACCCUGUCCCCUCUCGCCCGUGUAUCGUUGUAUGGGAUGAUCUUGCUCGGCUUGCCCGUUAUAAGCUAGCUGAUGCCGUGUUCUGCCAUGUCUAUUACGAUGCAGGUGGCGGCGAACAGAUGGCUGCCAUUGCCGGUCUUGGCUGCGUUGUGCAUGACUGGAUUGAUCUCGGAGCUGAUAUAGCGUGUGCAGAAGUCAGCAAUAUCAUCCCUACUUUGACGCGGGGAUCUUUAGAAGAGGAACCUUUGCUCGAGGUUUACUCGCGGUUCCUUGGUUCUAUGAUAUGGUAUCGUGACAACGAUCCCUACAACCCGGCAGCCCUUUGUAUUCUCUUCACGCACUGGUGGCAGCUCGCUAACUGCCGACACCGACCUAUCUCACUUCUCGGCAGAACAGACUUCAGUGCGGAUGCCGGAAUAGCCGCCAUAGUUCCGGAUGGGCGGCCAGAGUUGGAACACUUCCGAGCAAGCGGUACUCAGGUUGAGCGUGGGGCGCGUCCUCUUGCUAACGCCGAGGCACGACUCCAAUCCGUCCGUGACUCGAAUCCAUUGCCUGAAACUCGGGCCGUGAUCGAGCUUCUAGUAGACCCUGUUAUCGCCUACGUGAAAGGGGCUGACAGCAUACCUGCUGAGAGUGAAUACGUGGGAGCCGUUCUAGCUGCCGAAGUGGCUUAUCCCCAAGCGCAGAAGAUCAUGGAGUUGUGGGACCUUGCGAUCAUCAUGUGGGAGUGUGGCGCAAUAUGGGCAACUGGAGUGGCAGGCCUUUGCUAUACUCAUACCGGAAAGUCCAACUGUGACCGGGCUCGUGAUGAUUUGGCUGACACCACCUGGAGUUAA